AUGGUCACUGGGAACGAAGAAAAUGUUAACGCCCAGCAGUCUAAAAAUCCAGAGGAAGCUGUUGACGUUAAUGGUAGGGGAGAUAUGAAUUAUACAUCAACAAAAUCAGCCAAACCUACGUUAGAAAGUGAGGUCGCAAAUGCUCCAUCACAAAGUGGCAGCCAACAAGAAGAAUCCCAAACUAAAUUUCAAAUUAAGAAAGGGAUCCGAAAUGAGGCCGAGGAGAAUAACAAUAAACUUUCGGUUACAACCGGUGAUUCAGGGCCAAAACCGGCUAAAAGGUCACGCAAAAACGUUGGUGGUGGAGGUUCAGUGGCUAAGAAGCCUAAGGUGUCUGGUGAGGAAGUGCCAGAGUCAAAGAAGUCAAAACAGUCAAAGGAGUCAAAAAAGAAUGAUAACAAAGAGGCAGAGGCAGGGGAUUCAAAGGUUAAACCUGCAAAGCGGUCCCGUAAGAAAGAUAAAGAAACUGAUUCAGCUGCUAAACAACCGUCUGGUAGUGGUUCAUUGUGA